AUGAUAAACCAAACUCAACUGCCAAACUACACCAUGCUCUCCGUUUCUCAGAGAGUGUAUUGGCACAACUGCGGUAGACAGUAUUCGCAUUAUUUCGAAUACUACACUUGCGAACAUGCUGAUUAUGGAGCAAUGAAAGAAGCUGUUGAGGAUUUCAUCAACGACAAACUGGAGACUUUGACUUAUGACACUUCUCCAAUGUCCAAUGAGACUCGCGCGUUCUACUGGUACGCGAAGGAGAACUUCGAGGAAAACUUGAAUCUUCUCAUGGACAUCUAUCUUCUCGACAGCAUGUGGCACUGGGGAGAGCACAUCGAAUCCGAACCCGUCGAGUACUACAUCAUGUUCAAAUACGGACCAUAUUAA